AUGGGCAACCAGGAAGCUAAACAAAAAAAAUCUGCAGCGGCAUCUGGUAAUGGAGACUACCCUUCACUGCAAGAGGGAUGGAGUGAGGGAGGAGGAGAUGUGACAAAACGUGGUGGAAAGAAACAGCAUGGUAAGAAUGAAAUCAACACCAGAGGAGGAGGAGGAAGAACGCAUGGCACAGGUCCAAUCAAGAGGAAAAACAAAUGUGAGUCCAAAUCCUCCGUUUUUUCCAUCCGGAAGAAAAAGGGUCAUCUCAAAGAUGAGCUCGGGCCAUCGGACACUGAGCCGGAAAACAACAAGAAAGAUCUAAACGCGGGCAAAAAUGAGCGCGGUCCACGAAAUGCGGCAAAAUCGAGAGCGACGGAAUCGGUGGCGGUCUCUCCCACGGAGGAGGGAGGUCAGAAAGAAGGAUGCUCCGGAUCUGACACUGACAUUUACAGCUUCCACUCAGCGGCAGAUCAUGAGGAUUUGCUAGCAGACAUCCAGCUUGCUAUCAGGCUCCAAUGUGGAGGGCUUGAUGCGGUUACUGGGUCCCAGGUUCAAGAGGCAAAGAGAGUACCGAGCAAUGGAUUACCCCCUACUGAAAUGCUUGACUUGACACCUGAACUCGAGCUCGGAUCAGAUGCGUUGUCUUUUUUGGAGGUCAAACCCCUGCCGGGUACAGAUAAACUUUGUGAGAAACCAGAAGAAUUACAGUUCUCCCUAAUUCAGGAAUCCAACAGCAGGGAAGAUGGGGUAGAUGAAACAGAAAGGGGUUUAGAGAUAAAUGGGAAUGAAGAAAAGAUGAGAAAUACCUCUUUUAGUUGUACUAAAGUCACAAAAGACCAACAUACUUGGGUGCAGCAGUCCCCGCCCACAGUUAUUGCCAUCGCUACUGCCGAGGGGGCUCCACUCAACCCAGUUACUAUGACAACUGGCAUUGACAGCUUCCCUGAUCUGACAUUGGGCAACACUGGCACACAAUGGGAUCAGGAAGCAGGAGGUGACCAAAGCCAAGCUGUUGUGAGUGAAUCUCCAAUUCAUCCGCAACAAAAAGGAAAUUUUUCAGGGAACAUGUUUGAAGAAAAUGGGAGUGCUGAGUCACUUGUAGAAUGCUCGAGUAUCGUAUCAGAAAGUAACCACUUAGAUACUACUGACACCAGUGGUUCCCACUCCAAGAGGAACAGUGUUUGCUUCACACCUUGCCAAGGAAGCCCCACAAUGGUAAAACACAUGCACAGGUCCAACCAGGCUUCUCCCUCAAACUCUGUGGUGAAACCCUACCCUCCCGUCUUCCCUUCAUACAUCAAGACCACCACUAGACAACUCAGCUCGCCGGGACACUCACCAGCUCUGUCUCCCUCCCAUAGCCCCAUGUCAGCAAGAAGAGCCCAUCACAAUUUCCAAAGGAUAAUUUGUGGUGAUCAGCAAUUAUUACCAAGGCAGUGCUACCGAACAAAUGCUGGUCCUCUAAGUCGCUCGGCUGACUGGACAGAGGAGCUUGAGAGGAGAAUGAGAUGCAAGCACAGCAAUGGCGAUGCUGGGAAUUUAGAAGACUGCCGAUACAGAGGUGGAGGUAGCCAACCCAUUUGCAUAACCAGAAGAACUUCAUGUGGACAAGUUGCUGCAUGCAGCCUCCAAGAUGUCUUUGCAGGUAGAACCCUCUUGGAGAAACUGUUCCUUCAACAGCAGGAGGAGGAGCCAGAAGAAGCUGAGAGGCUAUGCUCCAGAAUAUUAGCCAUGGGUCUUCUUCUUCCUUUUACCGAAUGCUUCAGACAGCAGCUGGGAGCCAACUCUGCAAACAUCACCUCUACAGGAUCAGCAAAGUUCCAUCAAGAUCAGCUGUAUACAUGGGCAGCUGUUAACCAGCCAACCGUUUCUGUUGAGCCUGUCGACGGGAAGCCACCACGACAUCUUAAACACUCCAAGCCUUGUGGAGACAGGACUGAAGUAAAAGCCACAGAUCCUGAACAUAAUACAGGCAUCUUGGGUUUCAAGCAACAACCAGAUGAAAACCAAAUCUGUCAGGAGGAGGUUUUCCUAAAAGCAGCCAAACUGAAGGAGAAACAUGUCAAUGUCAUCCAACAACUGGAGCAAACGAUUGAAGAUCUCAGGACCAAGAUUGCUGAGCUGGAGCGGCAGCCCCCUCUGCUAGACAGGGACAUACAAACAGACAAGGGGGUAGAGGAAGGUUGCCUUUCAAGCACAGUGUGUGACGCUCAUUUCCAGACUGAAGCAGCUGACUUUAUGGCCUCCCUGGAGGCCAAAUCCGUGCAGACAUCACCGAUGGAUGAUGGCUUUAAGUUUAAAGUGCCUAAUGGCGAGACAGGUGGAAUUAAUGGUUCCCUACAACUCCCACUUAACCAGUGUUCAUGCCAGCAGCAGCAAUCCUCACUUGCACUUCCAGGUGGACCUUCUGUUCCAUUGCCCGAACAGAUAACAGUCUCUAUGCCACCACCUGUACCCCCCAUACAAGUAGGUUUACAACCACCACCGCCACCACCACCACCUCCUCCUCAUCUUCUUGCUGGACCUCCUCCACCUCCCCCACCUCCUCCACCUCUCCCUGGUGGUCAUGCACCACCACCACCACCACCUCCUCCUCCUCUCCCUCCUGGACUUGCUCCACCCCCACCUCCUCCGCCUCCACCUCUCCCUGGUGGUCAUGCUCCACCUCCUCCUCCUCUUCCUGAUGGACCAGUUCAACCACCUACUUAUUUCCCUGGCAGUGUUGCUCCACCGCCACCUCCACCUCUCCCUGGUGGUCUUAAUUUACCACCACCUACUUGUCUUCCCCCUAGUGGAAUAACACCACUACCGCCUCCACCCCUCCCUGGCAGCGUUGGUCCACCCCCACCUCCUCCAUUUCCUAGUGGGACCAGUGGACUUCCACGACCCCCUCCUCCACCUGGAGCAGUUUUUCCAGCUCCCUCAGGCGCGCUAGGCUCCUUGCCUCCUCCCCUGCCAAUGGGGCUAUAUACUCUGGGACUCACCCAAGAGAAAGCCCCUCGGAAAGCAGUUGUGGAGCCUCCUAGACCCAUGAAGCCACUGUACUGGACCAGAAUCCAGUUGCACACUAAAAAGGAAAUGUCCUCUUCAUCUGUGUGGGAGACAAUAGAAGAGCCUGAUGUGAAUUUUGAGGAGUUUGUAGAGCUGUUUUCCAAAACAGCCGUCAAGGAGAAGAAGCAGCCACUCUCUGACACAAUCACUAAGUCCAAAGCCAAACAGGUUGCCAAGCUCCUAAACAACAAACGAUCACAGGCAGUAGGAAUCCUUAUGUCCUCGCUACACCUUGAUAUGAAAGAUAUCCAGCAUGCUAUAUUAAACUUGGACAAUACAGUAGUUGACCUGGAGACCCUUCAAGCGCUUUAUGAAAAUAGGGCAGUGCCAGAGGAAUUGGACAAGAUUGAAAAACACGUGAAAUCCACUAAAGACAAGGAGAAUGCUAAACCUCUGGACAAACCUGAACAGUUUCUCUACCAGCUCUCCCAGAUACCAAGCUUCUCUGGUCGAGUCUUUUGUAUUCUCUUCCAGGCUAGCUUUGCUGAGUGCAUGACAUCCUUGAUGAGGAAAUUGGAUACAUUGCUGAGUGUAUGCAAGGUGUUACAGGAAAGUAAGAAGGUGAAGCAGGUGCUGGGUCUGGUGCUGGCCUUUGGCAACUUUAUGAACGGAGGAAAUCGUACUCGAGGCCAAGCUGAUGGUUUUAGCCUUGACAUCCUUCCCAAACUUAAAGAUGUCAAGAGCAGUGACAGCAAGAAAAGUCUUUUGUGUUACAUAGUAGCAUACUACCUGAGGAAUUUUGAUGAGGAUGCUGGCAAAGAAACUUGUGUUUAUCCUCUCCCCGAGCCUCACGAGUUGUUCCAGACUUCGCAGAUGAAGUUUGACGACUUUCAGAAAGAUCUUACUCGACUCCGGAAAGACCUUAGAUCGUGUACAUCAGAGGUAGAAAAAGUGUGCAAAGCCUCAGACGAAGAUAAUCUACAGCCUUUCAAGGACAAGAUGGAUGAUUUUAUCUCAGAAGCUAAACAUGAGCUUGAAGCACUGGAAACUCAUCUCACCAGCACACGCAAACUAUUCCUAGAGCUCACAGUAUUCUACUCGGUGAAGGCAAAGGCAGGGGAGAAGGAGGUUUCACCGAACACCAUUUUUUCUAUCUGGUAUGAGUUUUCUUCUGACUUCAAGGAUCUGUGGAAGAAAGAAAAUAAAUCCAUUCUGAAGGAGAGGUUAAAAGUAGCUGAGGAGUGUUUCCGUCAAGCCAAAGAACGGGCUUCCUACAGUGUCAAACCCAAACAUGCUACAGGAAUUAAAGCGAAGCUUGGCAUGAAGAUUUGA